CAGGUCAUUCCCCAAUCAUUCAGAUUUCAGACUAUAAUUAUUGAUGAAAAAAAUUAUAAUAUAUUGAAAUAUUUGAAAUGUUAUUUAAAUUUUCAAUUUCUUUAGAGUUGUGCUAAUUAUGAAUAACAUAGAGCUUGAUAUAUGGCGAGGUGAAUGGGGCCUCGCCUCAAUAGAUAUAGAAUGCCUUAAAGUUUUAACGUAUAUGAAAUUUAUUGGUGUGCCUGUGCGAGUUCGAGAAGUAAGCAAUCCAUUCUUCACACCAAAAGGAACAUUGCCUGUUCUGCGAGACGGUAGAAAAGCACUGACGAAUUUUGAAGAAGUUGUAGCAUAUUUAAAAUCUUUAGAUUAUAGCACAGAUGUUCAUUUGAAUACAAAGCAAGCAGCAGAAGCCAGCGCCUUCACACAACACAUUAGGGAGAAGCUUUAUCCCGCUUACCAGUAUGCAUGGUGGGUUGAUGAAAAGAACUAUGCAGAUCUCACCAGACCAACAUAUGCUAAGGCACUUCAGAUUCCCUUUAAUUUCUUUUAUCCAUCUAAAUAUCAAAAGGCAGCAAAGGAAAUGAUUGAUGCACUGUAUGGAGAGCAUACAGAUUUAAGAGAAAUCGAGAAAACUGUCUAUAGUGAAGCUGAAAAAUGCCUGAAAACACUGUCAGAUCGGCUUGGUGAAAGUGAAUAUUUCUUUGGCAAUCGUCCAUCAUCAUUUGAUGCAACUGUAUUUGCAUACCUGGCACCCUUAUAUAAGGCACCUUUUCCAAAUGGGACCCUGGCAAGCCAUGUAAAGGGCAUCGCCAACCUUACAAGAUUUGUUGCAAGAAUAAAUCAGAAGAAUUUUAGGCACGUCACUGACGAAUACAACAAACAAAAUGCAACGAAACAGUCAACAGGGACCCAAUCUGAUAGAGAAGCUGCCAAUUUUCCAAAUCAGACUCGAAAUAAAAUACUAGCUGCUAUUUUUGCUGGAAUUGCCAUGACUGGGUAUGCUGUUGCUAAUGGCAUGUUUCAGGAGUUGAAAGAGUUUGAGCAUACGCAAGACUACAGCGAUAUGUUUGAGAAUGAAGCGGACGACAACUGACAUGCUGUCCUUGUCGCAGAGCGGUCUACCCGUAGACAAUUUUUUUUUUUAUUACACAUUUUAUGCCCUCAUAACUCUCCAAAUUGCGAGAAGAACAUUUAAGUUAUUUUUAAUUUCGUCUUAAUAUUAUUUUCGUUGAUUCAUUUACUUAUUUCGUUCUAUACUAGUAGUUUUUAUUUUUUUAUGAUUACACAAACAUAGACGCUGUAUAUGUUAGAGAAUUAUUAUUGUUUUCAUAUAACACGCGGAAUUUUUUUUUAUGCUACAACUCUUAAUGUACACUCGCCAUUCCAAUUCUAUUAUAUUUACCUCGAUCGUACGAUGAAGUUUAAUUCAAUUAAAACUUCCCAAACAUUUAGAAAUUGUGGUGUUUUUUCCAUUCAUUUUUAACUUAUUUUUAAAGGGAAAAGAACUUUUAACAUGUUUAUUGUUCCACGAAAUUUAUAUUUAAUUUUCAGUAGCUAGAGUACCUAUUGUUGAUAUCCAAAUUGCUUAUUAUAACUGCCGCUUGUCACAUAUUUAGCAAGGAAAAAACAGACUGACUAAGUGCAUUUAUAUUUAAAGCAAUAAUAUAUAUAACGAUAUUUGGAAUGGUAAAUAGAAGGGAUUUGUAGAGCGUACUAGUUAUGAUAGAAUUCUAUCACAGAAUUUGAUCAAAGGUUAAAGGUUCUUAAUUAUGGGAAGUAAAGAAAUAGGCUUCAUUAGAUGCUAAUGAGUAGUGAGUAGAAUGCGAUUUUGUUUGAGCUGAUGAAAGAAUUUGUUUUUGAGUGAAUAAAUAUUGUUUGUUGA